AUUUUGAAGUAGAAAUCAUUUGGUUCCAUAUUCCACAAACAAUCUAUUUAAAAUAGCAGUAAGAUGAUGUUCCGGAGACUUUUGUUUUAUCACUGCAUAUCACUGAUUUCUGCGGUAUUAAACUCAAAUAAAGGGAACUGUCCAAAGAUUUGUAAAUGUGGACUUAGUAAACAAACCACUCAACACAAUUUCAUUUCAACAUGUAAUGGCAAAUUGCAUACUACCAAGAUGAAUUUUAUUCCAAAAUUUCCUCCAAAAACAGUAGAAGUUAUUUUUAUAUACAAUCACUUACCAAACGUGUCAAGGAAUACAUUUAGCAAUAUAACACAUUUAAGACUGAAAAAUUUGGAUUUGCAAGGCAAUUCAAUCAGUGCUAUUCAAAAUGAUUCUUUUACUAGUUUUAUUUACCUGCUCAAACUAGAUCUUUCAAGGAACAACAUAACAGAAAAGGAUGCAAUGAACUGUUUUAAAAAUUUACCAAAAGGUAUACAUGGUAUACAACGUUUAAGAUUAAACCAUCUUCUCUGGCAUCCAGUCGAAGGAUUAUUUGAUGGAUUAAAUAAUAGUAAUGUGACAAGGAUAGAGUUGAGCCAUAGCUACUUAACACCAUUUGAAGGACGAUGGUUUUCAGGUCUUAGACAACUGAAGUCGCUGGACAUUUCAUGGAAUUCAAUUAAAGAUUCGGAUUUUAACUUGACUGGACUCCCUAACAUACAAGAUAUAAACCUAGCUGGCAACUGGUUUAAUAUAAUUCCAGAUUUUUGUCAGUUUGGUUUAAACAAUAUUGCAAAUUUACAUAUGUCUGACACAAAGCUUUAUACCAUUAACCAUUUGAGAAACUAUUCUUCGUGUCUGCAAAAUCUCAAGAAUUUAUAUUUGAGUGGACUUUCAAUAAGGAUAAUACCAACAAACAUAUUUUCAAAUCUCAAAUCCUUAAAAGAGCUUACAAUGAAGCAGAUGUCUACACAGUUUAAAAAGAUUCAUAAAUACGCCUUCAACAGUUCCUCUCUAAAUAUUUUAACAUUCUGGCGAGCAGACGGCUUUCUGUUUACCUCGAAAUCGGCACAACAAGGAAUGUUUGAUCCUGAUUCAUUGUUUGACUACAGUAAAAAUUUAAAAGAACUUGAUCUAUCUAAUAAUAAAAUAGAUUUAAUAUCAAAUAAAAUCAGAUUGAUGUUCAAACCUCUGAAAAAACUAAAGAAAUUAUGGAUGGAAUCAAUAUCUCUAUCAUACAUGCCGAAAUACUUUUUACCGUUAUUCCCUUCACUGACUUUUAUUUCAUUUGAGAACAAUAAAAUUCCCCCUUGGAAUUAUGGCCAUUCUGUGUUUAAUGGUGUUCGAAAUUUGAGGAUUGUUAAUCUAAAGAACAAUAAGAUCAGCAUGAUUUAUGAUACUUCUUUCCCGUUGGCUCUGUUGAACAACUUGACCUCAUUAAAGCUCAUGUUUAAUCGGUUUAGCUGCACAUGUGACCUUCAGUGGUUUAGAAAUUGGAUGAAACAUACCCGUGUAAAUAUUACUGGAAAUAAUACUUAUAGAUGUGAAACUAGCAAAACGAAGGUUGUUGAUUACAAUCCCGGUUUUAUAGAAUGUCACAUUUUGUCAAUUUCCUUAUCAAUCGGAUUUGGUGUCACUUUUGUUUUGAUCGUAACUAUAACCGGUUAUAUCUGUCGAUGGCGUUUCCGGUUCCAGUUGUACAAACUUCGUUCACUCCGUAAACAGUACAACGAACUAGUCAACAAAGAUGAUUUCGUAUAUUCUGCGUACGUAGUUUAUUGCUACGAAGAUUUCACAUGGGUAAAAAGAAGCCUCAUUCACGAAAUAGAAGAAAAACAAGGUUAUAAGUUAUGUAUUCCACACAGGGAUUUUGAAUUAGGAAAAGUGUUUGCAGAUAACAUUGUUGAACAUAUGCAUUUGAGUGAAACAGUAAUACUUGUUCUUUCGAAUAAUUUUGCCAAAAAUGAGUGGUGCUUAUUCCAGCUUGCUGUUGCUAAAAACAAAUUAACAAAACUUGGAAAAUUAUCCAUUUUUCCUUUAUUACUCGAAGAAAUAGAAUUUAAAAACAUGAAUUCUGCGCUAUAUCACCUUUUGAAAAUGUCGAGCUAUGCAGCAUGGGACAAUGAUGACAAUGCACAGAAACUUUUCUGGGAUCAAAUAAGAGAUCGCCUUAGUUGAACUAUUAAGUGUUUGUCCAAUGGACGAUUUUGAAGCAAGGACUUUGUUGUUUCAACAGAGACAGAAAUCAUUAGUGAAAUAAUAAAAAGGUUUCAUAAUCCUAAAUCACUGUCGGAUUUAAAAUUGUAAAUAAAUGUGCAAAUACAACUUUCAAGUAAUUUAUUAGUAAUUUUGAA